AUGUGUGGUAUUUUACACAAAUUAUUUUUAAAAUCUUCAGAAAUCAAGCGGUUUUGGCCACCCCUUCGAUCGCUCGAAACUCUUCAUGAUUGCCUACCAUUUGAGGAGUUCGAUCGUUUUCUAGCUCAUCUACUUACCGCUCGAACGCCACUCCCAUCACCACCAAAAACCCCACUUCCUAUGAAUGAAGAUCUACCUGAAGCUAAUCUAAAAGCGUUACGGGAGGAGGUGGAACGUCUUAAAGCGCUUGGAAUCAACGACAAGAAGUUAUUUUAG